AUGUCUACAUUCUAUGGCUCUAGAGGGGGACAACCCUCUUUUCCUUCACAGGCAAAUGCUUUUUCAAGCAAGCCGAACAAAAGCAACCUCCCAAAUAACAACAUUCGAUUAAACAUAUCAAACACAGGAAUAAACGCUAACAGACCGAGGACUAUAAAGUCUUACAAGUCUAUUUUUGAAAAGGUUUUUUACAACAGAAUGAAAUUUUACCAUAGAUUGUCUGCAGUGCUGGCUUUGAUCAUUACAAUACUUCUAUAUAUACCUUCUAAAAGCAAUGCAAUUUUUAUCCCUGUAAAGUUCAUUCUUUUAUGGACAGGAUAUACUUUUUUCCAGCAAGCACGUAUAUCAUCCUUAACAAUUGAAUCAUCAAAAGCAUCAAACCUUAUUCAAAAAAUUGUGUCACUGUUCUGCUCAAAAAAAUCUUACAUUUUAGGGGGGACCAUCCUACUGAACAACCUACUUGUAUCACUAAUUCUAUACGCUCAAUCUGAUUCUUCACUAAAUUAUUAUAUCGAAACACCUACAAAAACAAUAAAGCCCUUUGUAAACGACAAUUUUGCAUUCUUUGUUUUCUUCACCAUUGCAUCCUCAAUCAUUUAUUCAUUAAAUUAUAUAAUGUCAGAAAAAUUCCUUUUACAAAUACCGAUGGGAACGUAUAGGCAAGAACCAAUUAGCUAUUUGAAGAAAUUGCCACAUUUGAAACUAUUAGUCUUGACCACUUUGAAGUCAAUCUUUGCGUUUUUUGUGAUUCCCCUCACUUACCAUGUUUUUUUUCGUGACAUCUUCUUCCAGACCUUUUUGAAACCUUUAGUUCUUUUCAACGAUCUGAACAAUCAGUUACCAAGGUCAGACUUCAGCUUUAAACUUUUAUUCAAGUUGUCGUUUUACUUCUGGAUAGAAUCUCUAUCAUAUGAUUUGUUAAAUGAGUUCUUCAAAGCAUAUGCUCUGGUAGGCUGCUUAGUGGUAAAAACCCCAAUAAGUCAUUUCAGUGAUACUCCGUUCCAAACCUUAUUAUCAGGGAUUAAAGACUAUGAAAAUUCCAUAGUACGUUUAACUGCAUACCAGGAAUUGGUUUAUUUAUCUACAAGCACUGAUUUUAAGGACCGUCAAGUAUUUUAUCGUGCCGACAACUGGAAUUUGAUUUUAGCUGAGUUUUUCUUUGUCCAGACCAAUGCUGCUCGAUCAGCCAGAGCAGAUCUUCCAAAACUGAAAUCGACUGACAACCUGAAAAAAGAAAGACUUGAAGGUAUAAAAAAGCAGGCCAGCAUAUUUGGAAACCAAAGUAAAGACAAAAAGAGUUUUGAUUUUGAUUUCGACUUCGAAAUCAACGAAGAAGAGAAAAAGGCUGAUGUAGAUGUCACAGUUGUGAAAAAUGACAGCGAUGCCAUAUAUACUAAACCUGAACCAAAAGCGGAACAAAUAUCAGAAUUUGAGAUUCAAUAUAAUACUGCUGUUACUUCGUUAUACACAUUUAUGGACGGAUUGAAAAAUAGAAUUCAACGAUAUGUGAAAAACUAUCUUAACAUUCAAUCUCACAGUUUGGGGGAUACAACUGAAGCAAAUUCAAUCACCUAUCAACUCGAUGUGCUCUAUGCAGAUUUUUCAAGUUUCACACGACAUCUAUUUUUUGGGGACAUUACUGAGCAAUCUAACAAGCGGAUUCCAAAUAAGGAGAUAGUAGGUUUCAGUAUAAUUGCCCUAACAGAAAUGUUGAUUCAUGCAAAGGUAGAGGACAAAUACAACACAGUGACAGGAACGUUGACAGAGUCAUUGACUUUGUUGACAAAAGUUUACAAGGGGACUUCCGAAUUCUUGAACAAUCCCCCUGCUGGAUUGAGCGGUAAGAGAGAGUGUUCUAUAAUGGUGAUAAACGAGCUGACUAUAAGCUAUUUUUUCAAGCUAGUGAUAUACUACAACAAUAUAUUGAAUGACUUAUUACUACCGCCUGAAGUAUUCAAGCUAGCAAAGUGGUGUACAGAUAUGGCACUUGAGCAACAAAGAGAACAGAAAUUUACUACAAAUAUUUUACAAUGA